AUGGCUUUGACUAAAACUAUUCAGAGACACAUCUAUUCUUGCUUGUCGUCUCGAUAUGGAAUCACCUUGUCCAUUGUUGGAUUUAUUCUGGCAUUGAUAUUUUCAUUCGAGCUUGGUGAGCUGGCAAUAAAAUGGAGUAAGGUCCAGUAUGCAUCUACAUUUGAUAGCUUUUAUGACAAUCUUGCAGGCCAAUCAUAUCAAGACAGGAUAUGUACUCCUAUGCCGAUCGAUGUCGUAUACACAUGGGUAAAUGGCUCUGAUCCAAAAUUAAUUCGCGAAUUAACCGCUAUUAAAAGACAGAUGCAACAGGAAGUUCAAGAAAUGCAAAUAAACAUGUUCUACGAGGAAUGUCCUCAUCUCAAGAACAUCGAUCUUAGUAAAUUACGCAACUUUACUCUUUUGGGGGAUUGUGCAAAGUAUCUACCAGAUACUACGGUUGUUGAAAUUAGCCAUAAACAUGAAACCGCAAGCAGUGGAAAUUCUUCCAGCUGGUGCUCUUUUGUCAAUUGCAUCCCUUCUACUAUCAUCGUAUUAGAAGGAUCUCAGCUAGCCACUGAUGUAACGUUGCUAUCAAUACGUGAACUACACGAGUCUUUGAGCUCAGUUCGUUGGAUUGCCAAUGUUACCAAUGCUAUGUAUAAAAAGUUAUCCUACGCUGUAGAUGUUGAAAAAGUAGAAAAUGUUCGUUUCGCUUUCAAGUCUAAAAUCGAAAUGCACGAUGAGCAAUUAGCAGUAUCAAAGGCUUACCUGACAUCUAACAAAGUUGAGCCUCUUGGAGUCGCAUUAGAGCGCCAUAUUCUGGUUACUGGACUUCCGAUUCGAUAUCUAAUGGAUGAGACCUAUUUAAGAAAAAGAAUUAAAGUCAUACUAAAAAAAUAUUUAAGAAAUGAGACAUUACCAAAGAUUAAAGCAUACGCUACUCAAGGCACUAUUUUAGUUGAAUUAUCAGAAAAGUAUUCAGGAUCGAAACUUAGCGAAACCAAAUUGAUCAAAUUUAAUGGUCACUUAAUAAAAGUAUACCAGGCCUACCUGGUCUGGGCACCAAGACGCUCUAUUUCGGACGGUGAUGACAAUGAUGCCGAUCCAGAUAUCAACAUGGCCUCAAACAGAUUUUCAGAUAACCAAGAGCUACGAUUUUCGAUACGAUCAGUUGAGCGAUAUGCACCAUGGGUUCGCAAGAUUUUUAUUGUUACAAAUGGACAAAUUCCUAGCUGGUUAAAUCUAGAAAAUCCCCGUGUCCAGAUUGUUACACAUGAGAUUUACCUAACAUGGCCCGUUCCUAACUGCAAUGAGGGCUGUCCUCCAAAUUGGAUCCGAGAUGGUUAUUGUGAUAAAGCUUGCAAUACCUCAUCCUGCGAUUGGGAUGGAGGAGAUUGUUUAGGUGGAACAGAAGCUGGACAGGCGACAUUACACGGCAUAGGACAAAAUGCAGGACUUCACCAACCAGCGAUAAUCAGUUAUUGUAAUCUUGGCUGUGCUGAUAGCUGGGUUGGAGAUAAAUACUGUGACCAGUCUUGCGAUGUAGCAUCUUGUGGCUUUGAUGGUGGUGACUGUGGAACUGCCAGAUACUCUAUGCUUUAUCGUGUGGAUUUGCAUAAUACUACAACUUCAGUUAUUGUCCCGCAUGGAUUGGAAGCUAUGUAUAUUAAUUUGACAGAAGUUUUUCAGUAUGCAACAAUUACCGACGCAGAAUAUGACGGAAAGAGUUGCGCAAUUCGAACUGCUGUUGUUUCCGAAAAAGCUAAAGUUUUAACAUUCUUAUUCUAUGAAGCUUCCAAAAUGGCUUGUAAUGACACACAAAUUAAAGUUACUUUAGUGAGUUCAUCUGAUACGGCAACGCGAAAGCCGAAUAAGACUCUCUCCUUAACCAUGCAAAACUUUUGGAAAGAUAACCCAAACCUAAAGCGAUAUAGACCAAGCUUAGCGCCUAGAAGUCUUUCUUGGGAUAAUAUUACCAUAUCCGACCUUGAUGAUAUCUCUACCAGUCUCAAUCGCUCUUUAAUCACACUGAAAAAUGAUUACAAUAGUGGUUAUUUAACACGCAAAGGAUAUGAAAUUAGAAAGUCUCAAUUGUUAAUUUCAUACGUUAAGGCUAGACUAGACAAAAAAAGAAACGUCAACGAACCCAGAAAGUCAAAGGCAGUUCAUUCCUCCCCUCGUCGCCUUUUAAGCUAUUCUGGUAGAGGAUCAUUUCCUUGGGAGAAGCAAAGAAUGUUCGAUAGUUUGAUUGAGACGAAAGAAAAAUUAGAAGCGAUAGAACAGCUCAGACCUAAACCCGUUAUUGGUCGAAAGCUACUAGAGGCAUUUAAAGGAUCUCUGCAGCACGUUAAUCGCAUUUACAACAAAAUGUUUGGAUACGUGGUCAGAAAAAUUCCUGCCCAUAUAUCCCAUAUGAUGGAUAAAGAUAUCUUACAGGAACUGCAUGAUGUCCUUCCGCAAGAGUUCGAAAAGACUUCCGCUCACCGUCUUCGGAGUCCAGACGAUAUGCAAUUCUCAUUUUCUUACUAUUAUUAUAUCAUGGGCAAAAUGGAAGAAUUAAAUGUGUCUAAGUUUUUUAAGGACAUUGAUACGGACAACUCAGGGGUACUUUCCGAUCGAGAGUUGCGUACAUUGGUUAGCCGAAUUCUUCCGUUGCCUGUAUCAUUCCAGGCUUUAUCGAAUGUAGAAAAGACGCUAAUUAACUGUUCCGUGGCUUUAAAUAUGUCUACGACAGCGUCAACUGAAAAAUUAGCUAAAGAAAUGUAUUUUGAAGCAAAGUUGCCUCCAAUUACUUUGGAACUUAUAUCGAGCUGCGAUCCAAUUGUUAGUUUAAUUAAUGAAAGUUAUACGCCUACAAACAAGCACAAAUUUGAAACUGUUGACGACGAAAACGUAGCUUUCAAAAUGCUCCGCAACAAUGUUACAACAGUUAUGAUUCAGUUAGACUCAAUCAGAAGAGACAGAAAAAAAUUUAUAUGUCUGAAUGAUGAUAUUGACCAUGAACACGAAAAUGCUAUUUUGAUUAAGGGGCUACUCAUUGAACUAUAUGAAACACUGUUUCCGACACCAUCGCAAUUCGAACUGCCGAGAAAUUAUCGUAAUCGAUUUUUAUAUGUGAAGGAUUUAGAAGAAUGGGCAAGGAAAAAACGAAUAUUACGAAUGUGGGCUUAUACGAUCUUUUACAUUAUAUUAUUAUUCACGUUAUUUUCAUUUAUUUAUGGCCGGAUUGUGGCAUACAAGCGAAGAUAUGCGAGAAGGCAAAGAUCCGAUUCUUCAUCAGAGGAGAGAUUGCUUGAUGUUUAUAUGUGUAAGCUGAAAGAUUCUAACUGUGUUAUUAAAUAUCGUUCAUGUUUCCGAUUAAACCCAACUGAACAAAUUAUGCCCGAUGCGACCAUGGAAGCUAGCUAG